AUGGUGCUAUCCGGCGAUGAGUUUUAUGACGCUACAGCUUCUACCCUGUCCGCCAACUCUGCGGAAAAGUCAUCCAGCAUGGUCCAGGCCCUGCUUCUUCAUUCCAUUAUGUUGUGCGCUCGCAACGAGCGUCCGCGAGCCGAGACAUCUCUGGCCCAGGCGAUUUCCAUCGCGAUAGAGAUUGGCAUGUACCAAAAGGACUUUGCGACUCUGUUUGCCAACAACGACGAAUUCGAGUCCGAGAGCCUGCGGCGGACCUGGUGGGAACUCUUCAUCUGGGAAAUCUGCAUGCGCACACUACAGCAGAAAUUUCACUUCCGAUGCAGCGAUGUUCCCAACGAGGUUCUACUUCCCUGCGAGGAGUCUACAUACGCGUCACUCCAGGCCAUCCCGCAGCCCACGUCCCUGGCCGCAUUCAGAGCGAGGGUGUUUGCAGACGACGACGAGGAACCAGAGCCUUGUCAAUACUCCUCCUUCAGCUAUCGUAUCGAAGCCUUUCAUAUACUCGCGCGCGUGCUGGUGCUCAACAGCAUCCCCGAGACCCAUCCAGACCGCUUACAAGCCAUCGCCAACACGCUCGUCAGCUGGGCACACCCACUACCUCCUCAGAAAAUCGACAUUGUGGACAUCUACGGCGGCAUCGACGAAAUGUUGUUCCAGGCGCAGUUCAUCAUCCACUACGCAGCCAUGCUCCUCCACCUCCCUCGCAGCAACCUCCGGCCCAGGUUUCCAGAGCAAUCCAUGACCAUCUGUCCCGUGACGCCGGUCCGCCUCUCGCCGUCCUUGACACGCAAUGUCCACGAUGUCAAGACCAUUGGCGCCUCCAAGGAGUUGUCCAACCUACUGUCCGUGCACUGCGUCCCGCAGGGCUACAGCCCUUUUGUCGUCUUUGGCACAAUUUUCUGCGGGUUGGUGCAACUCGCCGCCAGCGAAGCCCAUUCAUCGGAAUGCUCGGACCAUCAUCUCAACAGAGUUGUGCUUGCGCUUGGCAAUCUCAACAUACUGAGGACAAAGUGGCACUUGGCUCAAGAAGCGUAUCGGCAUCUCAAAGUCGCGGCGAGGCAAACCAGCACGAUCCGACCCGAGGGACGGCCUGUGCAGGACACAAGUACUAUUCCCGCCAAUACAAGAAACCUGCUUGCCGCUGAUGGCGGCAUGAUGGGACCGUCGACUGACUAUGAUGCUGUCAACGGCUCGAUUUCUUCGCUGUUUCUCUCGGCAUACAUUGACCCGACGUGCAGUGAUCCAUUUCCACUCAACCAAAUGUCUGACUUUUGA